AUGUCGAAUCACGCUUCUGCGGCGGCCAACUCUGCGGCUGCGUCUACGUCCGACGACCCAUAUGCGCCGUUCUACUACUGGGACGCCAGUGCCAACAACUGGGCGUUCGACUACAACUCGUACUACGCCACGUACGGCUACCCUGCCGACUACUACACCUCGGGCGGGGCUUCUUCGUCUUCAGCCUACGCCUACCCUUCCGCCGAUGCUGCAGCUUCUGCAGCAAACCCUUACUACCUGGACUACCAGACAUCGUCGACAGCACAGCCUGCUGCCUCGUCUUCGAGCACGCCGAUUGUGGAUCCGUUUGCGGGGCCUUCUUCCGCACCGCCACCGGCAGACGUGCGGUACGACGAACACGGCCGUGCGAUCCCGGGCAAACUGCGCAAGGGCGAGACGCGUCCCACGGUGCUGCGGCGCGCUGCAGGCAAAGUGUGGGAGGACCAGACGAUGCUCGAGUGGGACCCCGCGCACAAGCGUCUGUUUGUGGGCGAUCUCGGUGGCGAUGUGAGCGACGAGAUGCUCGCUGCGGCGUUUGACAAGUGGGCGUCGUUUGCGCGCGCGCGCGUCGUGCGUGCCAAGGACGGCAAGAGCAAAGGAUACGGCUUUGUCGCGUUUGCCGACCCGGAGGACUUUUUGAAGGCGUGGAAGGCGAUGGAUGGCAAGUAUAUCGGGUCCAGACCGUGCAGGAUCAAGAAGGCCGCGGAUACACUCAAUGUGGUGCAGAUCGGCGCGAGGAAGGAUAGGCUGCUGGCGAUCGCGGCCAAGCAGGACAAGAACGCGCACAAGAGGAAGAUGGGCGGUGCCGUCGGUGCAAGUCUCCCGCGCACGGGUCUGGCAUCCAAGCCGAAACCCUACUAA